GCUGAUUUGUAGAAAAUGGCGUCAACGGAGUUUUUGGAGGAAGCUUUGUCCACAGACGUCGACGAGAAAGCCGUGAACGCGAUCGUGGGCACUCUCGAAAACCAAUUAGUUACUAACGUAUCGUCGGCGCCGUCACAAAAUAUUUUAGUGAACGUUUUAUCAUCUCAGUUUCCCGGGCUAAGUUCGAACGCGGGCUCUAUUAUAAGUGGUCAUAAAUAUACAACAGGCGGAGUUAGCUGCGGUAUUGCCGCGAACAGUAUACACAGACCCUCGUUGACAAAUAGCACGUCCUGUAAUAAUGUCCAAUCAAGUGUUCCUGGUACUUAUUCCUCUUUGACACCGGGUGGUACUGUGACCAAUUGUAACGAUAACAUACAAGUUAUAUAUUCUCAGGCUCAAGCAUUUUCUAACCCAAAUUCGGUGACAUUUCCCGCUCAGUCACUUCCGAACGGUUUCGUUGGGUUGUCCUCGUCCCAAAAUCAUUUGAUAACGUCAGUAGACGCGAUGCAACCUCCUUUAGUUUUAAAACAGGGGACGUCUUCGGGCCAAGUGGGAAUACAGUCUGGAAUGGUCACAGUACCGAUGACAGCCAAUUCAAGCAUGUCCGGUUCAAUACCAAAUGUAAUGACUUUGAACAAACCUGGACAAAAUGUAGUUGUAACAACUCAGAACUUGGGUUCGAGUCAGCCCACAAUACUCCCUAAUGUUCAGAUUCUGAAUAUGAGAGCUGGUGCUCCAGCAGUUGCGGCACAAAAGUCAGUAGCAACAGUAUCACCAAGAGUAGUGAUAGGCACCCCACAAGUUGUUGGCACCAGAGCUGCAGGACCAGGCAUAACGCUGCAAACACUACCAAGUCUACAACCGGGCCAGCAGGGUCAUUUGUUGUUAAAGACAGAGAAUGGUCAAUACCAGUUGCUGAGAGUGGGUCCCGCUCCAGCGGCCAGCUCUCUCACGACGCCCCAGCCUCAAACCAUCAGGCUGUCCACUGUGCCAGCACAUCCUGGCGUCGCGACGGUGUCAACAAGCAUGGCCUCCAGCCCUAUACCGGGUCAGAUGCCAGCUGCGCCGAUGGCAACGCCUGUUAUACCAGCAUCUAUACCAAAUAUAAACUGCGGUACGCCUCCGCCUCAAUCUCAACCCCCAACGGUAACAACUGUUAAACCUUCGGACAACACUAAGGAAAAAUGCCGUAAUUUCUUAGCAAAUCUCCUGGACUUAUCAAGCAAAGAGCCUCCAUCAGUGGAGAUGAAUGUACGGAAUCUGAUCCAGGAACUUAUCGACGCCCAAGUUGAACCAGAAGAGUUCUGCAACAGACUUGAAAGAUUACUUAACGCGAGUCCUCAGCCCUGCCUUAUCGGAUUCUUAAAGAAAAGCUUGCCACUGCUCAGACAAUCUUUGGUUACAAAAGAGCUUGUUAUUGAAGGAAUAAACCCUCCAGCGCCUCACAUAGCUUUCUCUACGAUGCCAUCUCCCGCCCAACCUGUGGUGGCCACGUCCAACAUACAAUUGCCUUCAGAGGAAGAUGGGUCGAGUCCCACGCUAACGCCUCUCCUGCCGCCGGUAAUGCCGCUCACGCUGGCCAACCUGACAAAGCCUAUUAACGUUCAGUCACUGCAGACGACAGCUCCCACACAGCAGCAAAAACCACCAUCGAAACCGGGCAGUACGAUAGCGGUUCUACAGAACAUUCCUGUGCACACCAAGAUCAACGUUAGCAAAGUCAGUAGCGGCAAGUCGAUGCAGUUGAACAACAAGGGCGCCUUCCCGAGAGGCCAAUUGCCUUCAGCUGCUUUAUCAACCGUACUGACUCCUGGCAAGUCGCUUCUGAAAGAUAAGGAGAAGAAAUCUUCUAGUUAUUCGCAACCGUUCACCGACGACAAGAUGGCUGGCGAUGACGACAUCAAUGACGUAGCGGCCAUGGGUGGAGUCAACUUGGCGGAGGAGUCGCAGAGGAUUCUCGGCUCCACGGAGAUGAUCGGAACUCAGAUUAGAUCGUGCAAAGAUGAAUAUUUAGUGCCGACGAGCGUGAUGCAAGCCAGGGUUAAAGCCAUAAUAGCACGACACAAUCUCGACGAGCCGACGGGGGAAGUGGCAGCCCUCAUCAGUCAUGCAGUACAGGAGAGACUUAAAAAUCUUAUCGAGAAACUAGCUGUGAUAGCUCAGCACAGAAUCGAUCAUUUUAUAAAGUCUGAUAGCCGUUAUGAAGUGACUCAAGAUGUAAAGGGCCAACUUAAGUUUCUAGAAGAAUUGGACCGGGUCGACAAGAAACGCAGGGAAGACUCAGAGAGGGAAAUGCUUCUUAGGGCUGCCAAGUCUCGAUCGAAGAACGAGGAUCCCGAACAGGCGAAAUUGAAGGCUAAGGCGAAAGAAAUGCAACGUGCCGAGUUGGAGGAGCUUCGUCAAAGGGAAGCCAACUUGACCGCUUUACAAGCUAUUGGACCGCGAAAGAAACCAAGACUAGAAGCACCAGGCGCCUCCGGAGACACAGCCACUCCUGGACCGCAGACUACUGGAUUUCCUGGCCGAAGUCAACUAGCCCUCCGGACUCGUCUGAAGCGCAUCAAUCACCGUGACAUGCUAUUCCUGCUCGAGCAAGAGAGAGACACCUGCCGAUCGUUGUUGCUUUACAAGAGCUACUUGAAGUGACCCGCGGCCGAAACCUACACUAGGAGCGACGUCGACCGUUACAUCGACUGGCUCGCGACCAGAUACGAUGAUUGAAAACGUCACGCUCCUACUGUAGCGUACGUGUGCACCGAAAGUGUUACACGUGAGAACUGUCUAAAAAUUUAAACGCAGUAAAGUUAUUCCUGAUGCUGACCGAAUGAAUUGGAGAAUAAUGUUCAUACCAAUGGAAUGAUGAAAGCGUUUUGUUAUAGUAUCCUGAUUUGUUACAAUGCUGUAUCAUUGUGUACAACAGUAUACAACAAAUGCUGCGUCUUAGAUGGCCGAGACUAAUGAGUAUUCAAAUAUUGACUUAAUACCGUCGUGAUGUUGUAUUUGAAGCAAGCCUUAAUAAUGAUUCUAGUUAAACGGUGACUAUGCGUAACUUGUUGAAUAAUAACUG